AUGAUGGACAAAACUACCAAAGAAGUUUUUAUCAUACAAGAGACAGAGUUCCCCCCACCUGAUCCCAGUGUGUCCCUGCUCUCUCCCAGUGCCCAUCCCACCGUGUCCAUCUCGCUGGUGCCCUCGAGCUCCCAGCCCGGCCCCGGCCGCCUGCUCUGCUCCGUGAUGGAUUUCUACCCUGCCCACAUCCAGCUGAGGUGGUUCCAGGGCCAGCAGGAGCUCUCUGUGCUGGCCACCGAUGUGGUUCCCAGUGGGGACUGGAGCCACCAGCUGCUGGUGCUGCUGGAAAGCCCCCAGUGUGGGGUCACCUGCAGCUGCCAGGUGGAGCACGUCAGCCUGGACGAGAUGCUGACUGGGAUUGGGGGCUCCGUGUUGGGCUUCAUGUUCCUGGCACUGGGGCUCAGCUUCUACCUGUGCAAAAAGAGCUCCUGA